UGUUUAUCUACAGAGGUUCACUCAUCUUCAAAUCAUUCCCAGAUCAUACUUACACAAUGGAAAACCCAAGGAGACGCACAUGUAUUUGGAAACUAGGAAGCAUUAUUUUGUUUGUCUUCAUUAUUGGAGUGAUAGCUGGAAGUGGUGAGAAAUGCAAGGAGAAACAACCGGAAGGCAAAUGGUGCGAUGAAAAUUGCAACAAUGUCAAAGACAAAUGUUGCAAUGAAAAUCGUCAGAAGGACAAAGACAAAUGUUGCAAUAAAAAGUGUCAGAAGGACAAAGACAAAUGUUGCAAUGAAAAUCGUCAGAAGGACAAAGACAAAUGUUGCAAUAAAAAGCGUCAGAAGGAAAAAGACAAAUGUUGCAAUGAAAAUCGUCAAAAGGACAAAGACAUAUGUAGCAACAAUAUUCGUCAGAAGUGCAAAGGUCUUUCAAAUUGGAACUGUAAACCAAUGUAUCCAAGACAGAGGCAUCUUCAGAAGAAACUCAAAAGGAAGUGCUUGAAAGCGUUAUUUUUAUGCAUGGAUUUAAAGGAUGAAGAUACCACAGAAAUACACAGAGAAUAUAAAGUUUGGAAAAAAAAGAAAGUCCCCAAAAGACAAAAAAUAAGACUGAUUUCUAAUUCAUUGCGGGUAGGUGAACGAACCAGUGAUGAUCAGGAUGCUGAUGUAGAGGUGAUCCUUCCAGCCGAACUGUCCGAGAGAGCUGAAGAGCAACAAAAUGACCUAUCAAGGCUCAUUUUUUCUAUAUUUAAUGACACCGAGCUAUUUGAGGAUGAAAAUAAUAGCACACUAUUAAAUCAACAAGUGUUUGGAAUUUUUCUGGGAAACACAAGCAUUCAGAACUUAACAGAAGGUGUGACUAUUAAGAUUAAUCACGGUAACACAAUUCCGAAUGGAUCACAUCAGUGCGUAUUCUGGUUUGAAAAUGACAACGACAACACCUCAGACUGCUGGAAUUCCACGGGCUGUAAUACGACAGUCGAGGGUAAUCAAACCAUUUGUGUGUGUAACCACCUCAGCUACUUUGCUGUGCUACUGGACUUACGCCUGGACAACAACACUCUGGAUGAAAGUGAUGUGGUCGCAUUAACGUACAUCACAAUGAUUGGCAGUGGGAUCUCUGCCAUCUUCUCAGCCGUGACAGUGUUCCUUUACUGUGUGAUCAGGAAGAGGAAAGGUGAUCACACCACCAAGAUCCACAUUAACCUCUGCAUUGCUUGCUUUCUCCUCAACGUGACUUUCCUGACCAAUGAGUGGCUUAGUAAGCUGAUGAUCGAAGGUCUCUGUAAGACUAUCGCUGUGUUCCUUCACUAUUCAUUGCUGUGCACGUUAACAUGGAUGGCAAUUGAAGGACUUCAUCUCUACCUGAUGCUGAUCAAAGUGUUCAACACUUAUAUCAAACAUUACAUACAAAAACUGGCUUUUCUGGGUUGGGGCAUCCCUGCUGUGGUGGUGUCUUUGUGUAUUGCAGUGGACAAGAACAAUUAUGGCCAGUUUCGUAUCAAAACACAGGACAAUAACAGCUCAGUUUCAAUGUGCUGGAUAACAGAUGAUACCGUCCAUUAUGUUACAAACUGUGGCUUUUUCGGCAUUAUAUGGCUUGGGAACCUAACAAUGCUGAUCACCGUCUGUGUCAAGCUCGCUCAGAUGCGGAAAGGAAACAAUUCUGGGUCAAAAUCUGUGCGGAAGGAUCUGUGGACGGUCCUCGGUCUCAGUUAUUUGCUGGGCAUCACGUGGGCUUUGGCAUUUUUUUCCUAUGGACCAAUGACCGUGGUCCAAAUGUACCUGUUUUGCAUCUUAAACUCCUUGCAAGGGUUUUUCAUAUUCUUGUGGUACUGCGCUAUAAAACGACCGUCCAAAGAUCAAACUACAAAGGACACAUCAGAUAAAUAAAAAAGAAAUGGAAGCGAUGCUGCAUUCAGCUGUAUUGUUAAACGAUCUUCUCAAAAUCUCCUGCUGUUUAUAAGCUUUAAUUAAGAGCAACAUUUGUAGUUUCAAUUUGCCCUAAAAAUCAGCGCGAAAAUCUUUGAUUUCUCUUUGUUUGGAUGGUCGUUCAGUCAGAAUAACUAAUAGUGUCACCUUUGUAAUUGGGCGCCUGGCAAUCAGCACUUGAAGGAGACGGAAUUGUGAUUGGUUGAACUCAGAAGUUAUUCAGGUAUCCAGCUGGUGAGCUACAACGGGACAAUCAAGUCAAUAACAUUCAGUGAGUAAGUAGCCAGCAGAGGCCGUCUGAGGACUCGAAUUACUCGCUGUGUUUGAAAGGUACAAAUGAUUUCGAAGUGACCAGAUAGUAACCAAUGGUGAGUUGGAUUUGAAAUGCUAUUUCCAAUUUUACACCUAACUGUAAAUUUAUGGCUAAAAACAAUGUUUAACUUGUUCCACGUCUAUUCCCAAAAUCACCUGCUGCUGUAAUUCCCAAAUGUUCCCUUCAGGUGCCGGAAAACUUGGUUGAAAUGUUGCCAUCGUUUUCCAUCCUGCUGAUAGGUUCGAUUCCUUGUCAGUCAUAAGGAGGCCGCGCCUUUGUGGUUUGACCGCACCAAUCAGCUCGCCGAGUUUCCCACCCUGAGCAGAGUGGAAUUAGAAAGUGCGACCAAUGUUAUGUAACGCGACAGCAUAGCAGUGCCCUUAUUUCACAAUAAUAUAUCCUCUGACUUACCUGAGCAACUUUACAAGAAAUAUACUAUUUUUAUAUUUUUCUACGGUUUAUUAUAAUUAAGUUCAUGGUGACAGCUGCAUCUAUUUAAACAGAAGAUGGAAAUUUUGCAGGGAUAAUGUGUAUCUCCACAGGUCUCAGUUCCAGCCUGUGUUGUAAUGAGGUUUAUCUUUGGUUACCAUAACCAUUCCCCAUGCAAACUUGCUGUAAUGUGAAGAUUUUUGUUCAUAUAACCUGGUUCGUUCCAAUCUAAAGAGUUCAGACUGGAAAUGUGUAGAAUAAGGUUGGUUCAGACUCCAGAUGUGGUUGCUUGGUUCUCCUGCCUGGUUCGGACAUUUGGUGUCGGUGUUUGGCUGAGGAGCAGAUGUACAUCGGGUAAUACUGCUCACCUUUGGCGAUUAACUUUUAUGUAACGACCUGGCGCGGUUUCACGGUCAAACCGUCCACUGAUGUGGCAACUUGGAGAACUGUAACAGGCAAAGUAACACGAGUAUUGACUGAACUCCCGCGGACAGUGUUCGACACCCCGUCCCAGUGAGGUGGCGGUGAGGGGUACUCGGCUUUACCCAGCAGGGAAGGGAAAAGAUCGGCGGUGUAGAGUGGCAGUGGGAGACCGGACCCUCCCUCAGUGCUGCACUGAUUCCGGCCCAGGUGUUACCUCGAUGCUGCCCGGGGUCUCCUUCACUCCCGCUCCCGUCACCCUGGGGCUCCCUCACUCCCUCCCCCAAUCACCCUCACUCCCGCCCCGACGGGAAUUCACACUUUGCUGUUUUUGGAGUCUUGCUGUGCCACGUUGCCUGCAUUAUUAUAGUGGCUGCCCUUCAAAACGGACUUCAUUGGCCGUGACCCACUUUGAUGAGAUCGGAGGCAAGAUUUUUUUGGAACCCGGGUUUGAGGCACGAACAUUAGAAUGUUACUCGGAGUGGAACUGAAUCUGUUCCGGUGAAUGGUAAAGGAAAUGAGUUCGAUCCCUGUGACUGCACAUCUGAUGCAGAGUAUGUGUGAACUUUGCAACCUAUUUCACUUCAUGUAUUGCAGCUUUUUUAUGUAAUUGCAAUAAAAUGCAUAUUCUACA